CUCCAUCAGUGCACACGCCCCUGUCAAUAGUCAACCUUAGCCUACACAGACCUUGAUACUAUACUAGGCAGUUUUCUGCGCCAAUGCUUAAGCAAGGGUGACUCAGAACAAGUUUAACAGAAAGUUAGAAAACUUAAGAAAAAAUAAACCAUAAGUAUAUAUGCAUAGUUAGCUUGUGCUUGUGCAUUUAAAGGCGAAAGAAGUGCCGGACAUGUCGCAAAACCGAGACAGUGCAACAGGCGCGCAUGACGGCUUGGGAUACUCGAAACUGGCUCGUGUCCUCGGCGAUACCAUUGCAUGCAAGAAAGCUCCGUUCACGGUCGGUGUUUAUGGAAAAUGGGGAACAGGGAAAACGCAAAUGUUGCGGUUAGUUCGAGAGAGAUUGGAACUUUUGACGAAUGCUUCCCGAAACAAUCGAUCUUUAUCAGUAAAUAUUUUUACUUUGGUGUACCGACUAUUUUUCUUUGACCCGAUCAUCGAGCCCCCUCCAAAAGAUACGAAAAUCAUCUUUGUUGAUUUUAGCAUACUCGACUAUGCUGGAAGCGACAAACUAUGGGCCGGAGUCAUUACACACAUUUCUACAACGAUUGACGAAAUCUUUGGAAAAUGGGCAGUAAAAAUAUUUCGAACUUGGCACUACAAGCCCGAAAUUGACCUCAAGCCUUAUUUGGAGCCACCUAAAAGUUACCAAAAAUCGACCAGUUCCGGAUGGAAACUCGCAAGAAUGUCCUCAUUUAUUGUUCCAAUCCUUGUAAUGCUGCUGGUGAUAACAGCCGUUGUGUGUUUCACGAUGUUCGGUUUGCCAAACUUUGGAGAUAUCGGUGCAGGCAGUGACAAAGAUAUUGUAACCACAGUUGUUGCAUCUGUGCUCGGUCUCGGAUUCGCUGUGAAAGUUGUGGAUGUUUUCAAAAUGGUUUCUAACUUGGCUUUAACGCAAGCUUCGAAGAUAACUUCAAUGUCAAAGAAAGCUGACUUUACGACUUCUUUGGGUUUCAUGGCUAAAGUAAAGAAAGAGAUAUACUACAUGACUUCGGUAGUGCAAUAUAUGUCAGUACUUUUACAGUACGACAUAAAAAUUUGUCUUAUCAUAGAUGACGUGGAUUUGCUCGGAAAAGAAAAAAUCAUGAGUCUGUUUAAGGUCGUGUCUUUGUUGCAAAACUCCAGAUGCUCCAGAUACGUUCAAAUACUAUGUAUGGAUCCAAUGAUAGCUGCUAACCUGAUUAAAAAAGCUCUCUGUCGUGAGUUAUCAUCGAACGUGAACGGACAUGCUUUCCUGCGAAGAAAUAUCCAACUCCCGUUUCACAUACCAUCAUUCGACGACAGAAUUCGAAGCCGAUUAUUUCUACUUAAGCAAGAAAGCGAAACUGUUAGGCAACAAACGAUUUCAACAAAAAAAGAAAAGUCGAGUGGGCAUUAUAGCACUGAAAUGACCUCCUUGCUUUCGGUUGUAGCAUCUGCCGAAGAACCUUUGCCAAAACGACCACUUAACAGAAAACUCGAACGCUACAACGAAACAAGACGAGAGGUUCUUCACUGUUUCCAAAACAGCAUUUAUCUAAAGCGGUUUAACCAAGGCAACGAAAGAUCAGUUGACCGUGUAUUAAUUUCAACACAAUUCGCACUGCGUCUGUACCAAAGCAAGCAAUGUAAGCCAAUAGGUCCAAGAGUCGAUACAGAAGCAAUAGCUGCAUGGAUUACAUUAGCAGAUCAAUGGCCGUACAGACUAAGCUGGAUCUGGCAAGCGAUCGAUGACAACGCCCAAAAUCACACCCUAGACCCACAAGCUACAAUUAAGUUUGCAGGCUGCUCUCCACUCUCUGAUAUUUACAAUCUGGUUGCUGCAAAGUUGACGCACCCCGAGAACUGGCGAUCUUUGCUGGAAUUGGACGGUGAUCCAGAAACGUUUGUUCAAAUGUUAAAGACGUUUCGAUUCACAAUAGAUCAGAUGAACAGUUUUCUACCGAUCACAACAGAUUUAAAUCGUUCCAUUCGUGGAAUUAUCUGCAACGCAGCGUCAGAAUGCUUGGUUAAACAAACAAGUUCAUUAUUUGAUGGUUGUCGGUCAAGAUGGAAGUUUAUGGAACCCGUUGAAAGGUGGACAGUAGAAGAUGUUUGUGAGGAGCUGGAAAAAAUUGGAAUUAACACAAGAAACAUAGAAAAGUAUAAAGAGCUUAUUCACGAAAAAGAAAUCAACGGGCAAGUUUUGUGCGAGUGCACUCGUGAGGAAAUGAGAACUGAAUUUUCGAUGACGCUGGGAGAUUGGGCGGUCAUGAAAAAGUAUUUAGGUGCACUGAAGACGUACCAUGGCUUAAAUAGAAGGUCAAUUAUGGUAGAUGACCUUGAAAAUGAAACCUUGACGUGACAGAUUUAUUCUUAUUGUAUGUCUCGUUGUGUAACAUUAAGUUUUAUUUAUUUAACCCUAAUUUUAUAGCAUUGUUGUACUCAAGGAUUUUUACAUUUUAUUAUUACUUAGUUGCGUACUACUGAAGGAAUUAUCAGAUCCUUUCUAACCUGUUUGUAAAAUAAAAUUUUGAAAAAAAGGGUCAGAAAGGCGUUGUGUAGAGAGGUGAAAAUGUUUUGCUGCUUUUUAAUUACACUAAUGACCGUAUAUUUA